CUCUUAUUGCCAAGCAGAUGGAUGAUGACGGUCAGCGUUACUCUUAUAGAUACAUCUCACACCUCAAAAUACGGUAUACGCAUCGGGACAUUUGCCAAAAUGGCAAGUAAGGGGGCUUUCGAGGUUCAAGCAAUCCCUGCUCCGGGAAUUAUGGAAGCCAACAGACGUGCGGAUAUAAGGGCCGAACUGGUUGGUGGAUUAGGCUGGUCCACAUCGCCAAAUUGUACUUCCUGCGGCAAGGAACAGACUCUAGCUGCCCAGGGUCGCGCCCUCGGGACGGCUGAUUCUUGGCACGGAAAGAUAACCGCAGAGGGUCCAUUCACCCCCGAAGUCGGCCGCUACCGACUCUACAUCGGCCUCUUUUGUCCCUAUGCCCACCGCGCCAACCUCAUUCGCCACCUAAAAGGCCUCAAGGACAUUAUUCCUUUGACAACCGUGAAGCCGUAUCCCAAGGGUAACGACAAGGGCUACCCAGGAUGGCAGUUUCCAGCCACGGCGGACGAGUACCCCGGCUCCGAUCUCGACCCAUUGUUCGGCGCAAAGUACUUGCACGAACUUUACUUCAAAGAUGACCCAGACUACAAAGGCGUCUACAGCGUGCCGCUGCUGUGGGACACCAAGACCAACGCCGCGGUCAACAACGAGUCCCUGGAGCUGCUGCGGGAUUUGCAGACGUCCUUCAACUCGCUGCUUCCCGAGGGCUCGGCCGAGCGGGAACUUACUGUAUACCCAGAUGACCUGAGGCCACAGAUCGACGAGGUCUCGGCCUGGCUCCUCCCUCACCUCUGCAACGGCGUAUACCGGGCCGGCUUCAACUCCACGCAGGAGGGAUACGACGCCAGCGUGCCCUUUGUCUUUGCAGCCCUGAACAAGCUCGAAAGGCUGAUCCGCUCAAACGGCGGGCCCUACAUCCUCGGGAGCCGGCUGACGGAGCUGGACAUAACCGCCUACGCCACGGUGGUGCGCUUCGACACCAUCUACGUGCAGCACUUCAAGUGCAACCUCGGCACCGUGCGGCACGACUACCCGCAGGUCAACAACUGGCUCAAGAACCUGUACUGGAACGUGCCUGGAUUCCGGGAGACGACCGACUUUAGGCACAUCAAGGAGAACUAUACAAAGUCGCACGCGAGCAUCAACCCCCUGGCCAUCACCCCCAUGGGCCCGUGGCCUGAGGUUGAGGAGGGAUACGAGUCUGACCUGAGCAAGUCGACCUGCACGGCCGCCGCGCUGUCCGGCACGCAGCCAGCGUCCAUGACCUCGCUGGCUUCGUCAGACCUGCCGCCAGCACCUGUUGUCGACGUCGUAGUUGCACAUGUAGGCCAUGGCGCUCCCCAAGUUGAUGAAGACGGUCGUGCCGCGCGGGAACUGCUGCCCGGCGUUGCACAUGCCGCGAAAGAAGUCACGCGCACCCGCAUAGCACUUGAAGCUCUGCAGCUUGGCACGCUCAGCCGCGCAUCGCACCAACAGCGGCGGCGGGAGUGA